AUGGACAGCGAGAGCUUCGCCGUGGGCGCCCUCGGCAGGGCGCUGGGCGCCGAGCUGGCGAGCGCCGCGCCCGCCCGCGCCCGGCGCAGGGCCGCCCCGCACCGCGCCUCCCUCCUCCUCGUCGACCGCGCGCUCGACAUGGCCGGAGCAGUUGGUCAUCAUGGGGACAACCUUGCAGAGAAGAUACUUUCUGUGCUUCCCAAGCUCCCAGGCCACAAGACUGAUGUGAUGGUCAACAUGGUGGAGCUCACGGCGCUGCAGACUCCCGAUGAAACGUGCAGUGUUAUAGCACCUGGCUGCUUAGCACAACCAAAUGAUCCAGCUGCCACAGCGCUCUGGGAGUCCUUUAUGAACCUCAAGCAAAAGGAGGCUGUGAUGGAGGCUAGGAGACACCUUGUGGAGGCUGCAAGCAGGGAAAAUUUACCUAUUAAGAUGAGCAUGGGUAGAGUCACCCCAGAACAGCUCAGCUCAUACAUCCAGCUUUUCAAAAACAAUUUCAAAGCUCUGGAGAACCACUGUGGUCUUCUACAGCUUGUGCUGGCYGCGGUCCAGACUUUGAAACACCCACAGAAUUCCAAAUGGGACAACUUCCUGGCGUUUGAGAGACUCCUUCUGCAGACUAUUGGAGAGUCAGAAAUGCCCAGUGUCUUGAAACAGCUCCUGCCAAUGAUCAAGUGUCACAGUGAGCGGACGCAAGAUGACUACACCUGCGAGGACUUCCUUGUUCUGCUGGUGUACAUGUAUUCAGUGGUUGGAGAAAUGAAAGGCGGAAAAGAGCUGGAUGAAGCGGAAGAAGAAGUGAAAAAAGCUCUAGUCAAGGCAAUCUGUGAUGARCCAGAACCUUCUCCCUUGUUGCAGAAAAUAACAGGCUGUGAUUCGUCUCCAAAACCAGCACCUCAGAAGACCACAGAGGCAGUGGACAGUAUCUUUGAGUCCCUCAGGGAUAUUGCGAGAGCUCGAAUGCACAUGAAGCAGUUUAACUCCAUCCAUAACCCAGGCAGCAACACCCACCAGGCUUCUUACAAACCACUGCUGAAACAGGUAGUGGAAGAGAUCUGUAAUUCCGAGCGACCUGAUCCUGUUGAUAUCGAGCAUGUGUCGUCAGGCCUCACCGAUCUCCUCAAAACUGGAUUCAGCAUGUUCAUGAAGGUGAAUCGCCCUCACCCUGGUGAUCAUCCUCUUCUUAUUAUCUAUAUGAUUGGUGGAGUGACAGUCUCUGAGGUCAAAAUGGUGAAGGACCUGGUAGCAGCACGCAAACCUGGUACCCAGGUGCUCGUGCUGACCCCAGCACUCCUGACACCACWGGGCGUUAUCGAGAUGUUGUUUGCCUCCAAGCAUCUCCAGUCCGAUGCUGAUAUGUGACGCAGGAGGAUCUGUGGAGAAGAUAAGUGAUUGCCUUGGCUGGAAACAUCAAAGCCUGGGUCCGCCACGCUUUCCAAUAUUCCCAUCGCUGGAAUGAGGUGAAGCAGCUGGGUACCUGGCUGCAGGGAAAUAUGUGAAGUUUACAGAUAGCACUUAAAAAUGGUUCAGUUGUUCAGUGACCAACACUCUCCUCUCUAAAGAUAAUAUACCCUGACCUUCCCCCAGCCCUGUGCGAUGCAAGCAAGGACAGCUGCUUGCAGUAAUUCCCUAGAAAAGGGGAAGGUGAGAAGUCCCACCAGUCCCACCACCAAUUCAGCCCAGGCUGCUGAAUUUGCCCUCCCUGAGCAGACGUUUUCUCUGUGAGCAAUCUUAGUGGUUGCUCCUGGUGAGAAAUACUGCUGAGGGAGGAAGGAGGCUGAUAAAACCCACCCUCUUGGUCACRUUACCUGGUGAAACACAUGUGCCUUAUGGAGCAUCAGCAGCCCCUGCUCCUGCUUGGUCUCUCCCUGCCAGAGAGGCUUUCGUUCAACCCUGGUCUUACCAGCAGAGCAGCUGCCAGUGCACUGGUGCUCCCAGCUCAACCGGUGGGAGCAGAGAAACGGAGCCAGAGCCAGAGCGGAGUCACAUGGAUCCUUCUCUCUCAGAUCCCUGGUUUCUGCUCUGGUUUCUCCACCCACAGCUCCAGGAGAAAAGACUGUUCCUGUUGGCACACUUCUAGUUAUGCACAGUAGGACAUAUGGGCUGUGAUGGUUUGAUGUUAACCCGGAAAAAUGUUCCUGUCACAUGCAUUUAAAAAAGGAAAGAAAAAAAAAUGUUCCCCCUUCCAAGAGGCUGUGGUGGCAGAUUCUUUAUGAACAGCAUGAUUAGAGAACAGAUUUGAUUUGUGAUCAUGAAAGAGCUGCUACCAAACUCAGUUAUGUAAUUAUUCUUCAUAAAACUUUGAUAUAAUCUAGGAUGAAGAAGCAUCUGCCAGUAGAUACCAUGAAACUUCAAAACUGCAGCAUAAAAUGGUGGAGCUGCAAAGCUUCAUCCUCCUGGUUCAUUCCAGAGACACAAAGACUACAGCUUACAUGGAGAAUGUGAAUGUGAAAUUAUAUAUGAAAUUUGCUCAAUCGUAGCAUUCUUUAUUAUGCCAAGCGAAUAGAUUAAAAAGGAAGUAGCUUUUUAACCUUUGUUCAAUAGCUAGCUUAAGUUCUCUUAAAUGUUUAUAAUGGUCUUCAGAAAAGGCUGCUUUUUGAUUUAAACUCUCUCUUGAGUGGCUAACAGGGAACAAUGAACUGAUUAUAAAGCAGGGACAAUGUUGCCUCUAUGGAAAAGAGAUUUAUAAGAAUCGCUGUAGAAUGGAACUUUGUGCUAUGAAAAAAUGAGAAAUAUUAUGAGAUUGUAAUGUUAAAAGCUCCAGAAAUAUUUAACAGAGCAACUUGAAGGCAAGUAGCCAGUCCCUUUCUUUUUUGGUUUUUGUUUUGUUUUCAUUCUGUACUGUUUAUCUUAGAAUAUGGAUGUUUUGGAAGUUAUGCAGUCAAUAAAGCAAAGGUGCUGCCUUUGAGCCAGGCUCAUGCCCUGCUGCUCCCCUCAGCACAGGGGGCUGCAGGUGCCCGCCCAGCCUGUGGCCCCCUUUCCUUUUGCACUGUUCAUCUGUCCCUCGGAAGCCAGAGCUGGUGUCCCGGGAGGCAUCCGGGAGAGGCUCCCAUCCUGCCAGCAGCAGAAGGGCCCUUCUCCUCCAGUGCUCAUUGCCCACCUCCAUCCACAGCCCCAGGGACCAAGGUGAUCCCGUCUCUAUCCGAGAUGCUGCUUUCCCAAGACGAUGGUGUCUAGCAGCUGUGGUCUCCUCUCCCUCACGUGCUCUCUGUCCUCUCCUCCCAGCCACUUGAGGACAUCCUGCAGAGCACAAUGAGAAGAGCUGGUUGCAGUGGACACUAAUGCGGUGGCACUUCUUACAGGGGGAAGCAAAUCCCUUGCCUGGAGGCAGGGGCUGUUUUCCAGGCUCCCCACAUGAGGGACCUUUUCAGCCCACAGCCAGGUAGGUGGAGGUGCCUGCUGGGGCUCUGCUACCAUCUUGUUCUUCUAGAACAGGCUGGCAU